AUGAAGAUUUCUUUCGGGGAGCGCCUGCUGAUCUGGUUCUACAAAUGCGUUAAUGCUGUUGUUCCAUGGCAUCGCCUGCCCAAGUACAUAGGAAGCUUCAAUCUCCUUGCCCUUCGGAUUGAACUCCGCGCUGAGAACCUCCACGAUACAUAUCCGUCCUGGGAAUAUCAAGGAAACACAAAGUCAGACCAGCUACUGGAUACCAAAGACCUAUGUGUACGGAACUCCGAUGGCAAAUUCAAUGACCUUGAACGGCCCCGUAUGGGCUGUGCAGGUAUGCGAUUUGGUCGAAAUGUUCCGAGACAACAUACCGGGGCUCCAACUCACGAACAAUUGAUGAACCCAAAUCCCCGCAUUAUAAGCGAAAGGCUGCUUGCCAGAAAGCCCGGGACUUUCAAACAAGCUACAAUUGUCAAUCUGCUGGCCGCCGCCUGGAUCCAGUUUCAAGUCCAUGACUGGCUCCAGCACUUUAAUAGCACGGAGCAGCAUGAGAUUCCUCUACCUCAAGGCGACAAGUGGCCGGAGAAGCCCAUGAAAAUCGACAAAACGCAGCCUGAUGAGAUACUUGGCGAUGAAGAUGUGGGAUAUCCUGGCUAUAAGAACCAGAACACACACUGGUGGGAUGGCAGCCAGAUAUACGGCUCUUCAGAGGCAAAGACGGCCAGUCUCCGUUCCCAGUGCAAAGACGGUAAACUCAAGAUUGAUCUUAUUCAUGGUCAAGACUUCCUGCCCCGUGGUGAAGAUGGUAUACCCCUAACCGGCUUCAACACGAACUGGUGGCUCGGACUCGAACUGAUUCACACCCUUUUUGCCAUGGAGCAUAAUUCUAUCUGCAAUCACCUUCGCAGCGCCAACCCUGACUGGACUUCCGACCAGCUCUUCGAUACCGCUCGGCUGAUAAAUUGCGCACUGAUGGCCAAGAUUCACACUGUCGAGUGGACUCCGGCGAUCCUCGCGCACCCAACAAUCCAAAUUGCCAUGGACGCGAACUGGUCAGGUAUUGUCGGCGAGAAACUCGGGAAGAUCUUUGGCCGUAUCUCCAAGAGCGAAACCAUUAGCGGAAUUCCUGGUUCUGUGGCAGAGCAUAACGACACUCCUUUCUCUCUAACGGAGGAAUUCACUUCGGUCUACCGUCUUCAUCCUCUGAUACCAGACGAUAUUGCAUUUUUCAAUGUCCGGUCUGGUGUUCACAAAGCCACCCUUCCAAUUCAGGACGUGGCCUUUGAAAAAACCCGCGAACCCUUUGAUUCCGGUCUCACUUUUGCUGACGUUUUUUACUCAUUCGGUAUCAACUAUCCUGGAGCCAUCACCAUUCAGAACACUCCCAAUUUCCUGCGCGACCUUCACCUACCUGACGGCCACCACCUGGAUUUGGGCACCAUCGACAUUCUACGCGAUCGCGAACGAGGCGUACCCCGCUAUAACCAAUUCCGUCGUCUCUUCCACAUGCCACCCGUCCGAUCGUUCGAGGCCCUUACUGGGGGCAAUAUAUCACUUGCCGCCGAGCUGCGCGAGAUAUAUAAUAGCGACCUCGAAAUGGUGGAUCUGUUAGUCGGAUGUCUAUGUGAACCGCUACCCCAGGGUUUUGGGUUUAGCGACACUGCCUUCCGGGUGUUCAUCCUCAUGGCUAGUAGGCGGCUAAAAAGUGAUCGAUACAUCGCGACGGACUGGAAACCUGAAGUUUACACCCAUGAGGGUUUAGCCUGGGUUCAGGAUAACACGAUGAAGGAUGUUUUGUGCCGCCAUUUCCCUGAGCUGAGGGCGCCGUUGAGGAAUGUACAAAAUGCGUUUGCGCCAUGGGAGAAGGUGGGCAGAAGUAAGGAAUAUGCGGGGAAGGAAACUAAUGCUUGA